CACGAAGAAGUGGGCGUCCGUGAUCCGCGACGCGCACCCGCGCGCCAGGGACGGCGCCAUCCACGAGUUCGUGGUCUUGCACACGAUCGUGCUCUGGCACAAGUACACGCAGGCGGGCCGCGUCGGCGAGUUCAUCGGGUCCCGCAAGCUCCACAUGGUCGUGUCGAACAAGGGCAACGUCUACUUCUGCGACGGCGGCGUGUCGACGUUCGCGCCGGACUGCACGCCCGCGCUCCAGCGCGCGUUCCUCCUCGAGAAGAGCGGCGCCAAGAGCUCGGUCACCGUCGACGACUCGUCGACGGUCGUCGACCCGAGCUCGCUGCCCAGCGGCCGCGAGCACCCCUUGGUCAUCACGGCCGCGGGCGGCGCGCCCGCGGCGGCCGCGCCGUGCGUCUUCCGCUUCAAGCACAAGCAGGGCUUCAAGAGCUCGAACAUGCACCUCACGGACCUCUGCGGCACCUUCAACCGCUGGGUCACGCUCAAGAUGGUCUUCGACCAGAGGGCCUGGGACUCGUUCACGCCGAAGAAGACCGCGCGCCUGAAUUUGGACGUGUCCGUCGCGAAUCUGCCGGUGGACGCCUACGGCUUCCUCUACAAGAAGCCCUUCAAGCGCCAGACGCGCGACCUCGCCAACGCGCCGCCGGAGCCGCCGCCGGCCGACGCGCCGAGCCCCGCGACGGCCGCGAGGCGCACAAAGUCCGCGACGCGCCGCGCGUCCGCGUCCCUCGAGGGGUCCAAGGUCGCCAAGGAGGAGAAGAGCCGCUUCUUCAUCCUCCAGGGCGGCAUGCUCCGCUACUUCAAGCACGAGGCCGACGACGUGCCCAAGGGCCAGCUCUGCCUCCCCGAGCACGGCCGCGCGGCCGCGACGGUCGCGCCGGGGCCCGAGGACGGCCAGUUCGUCGUCAAGACGCCGGAGCUGCCCGAGGGCCUCGUUGUGCGCGGAGCUGACCCCGCAGACGCCGCGGCCUGGAUGGACGCCAUCGCCGCCGCCGCCGCCACGGACCUCGCGAAGAAGCAGGACCGCAUCAAGCGCAAGGAGACAAUCAUGGCCCUCUACGGCUUCCGGGCCAACAUGUGACCAUGCCGCCGCGCGCGCCUUCCCCCCAAUCCGCUGGCCCCUAGAAACACCCCUAGAAUAAACCGCAUGCACGUCGCU